UGCCUGGUGAACCCCUGCUUACCUUUCCAGACUCAAAUGCAGCUCAUCUUCCUGAGAAAUCUCUCCUGUGCCUCCUGCCCCCAAGUAGGACCAAUAUCCCUGCUGUACCCUGGGCAGGAAUCUGGGGUGUCUCUAGCAUUAUCUGACAUCACAGAAGACACUGAGGUGGAUCCCUCAAUAUCUUUCCACCCCAAAGGUCAUUCUAAUUCAGUCCUGCAAUCCCAUCCUUCUUGAUAGUGACUGGUCAGAAGUGGCCAUGGGAUUAUGAAAUCCCACUUCUGAUUUAUCGGUGAUGUUCUCUGCUGCCCUGAACAGCCUUGGGAACUGGCCAUUGUUCUCACCUUGAGCCAGCCGCUGCCUGUGUCGGGGCUGAGGCUGGUUCUCCUGGACCAACUUUCCUGAUGGAGGGGAAACUGAAGAGUCCUCCCAACUCCCUCCUGAGAGUCCAGCCUGAGGCAUCAGAGGCCGACUCUUGCUCUUGGGUGUCUGAGGCAGGAGGGGGCUCCGUUGUCCUCCAGCGGCCCCAGCCGGCUAGGGGUUCCCCCUCAGGCCCUCACUAGACAUAUCUUCACUCUGUUCCCGUCUCUACCGACACUGCCCCUCCACCUUCAGAACUUCUCCACCCAAUACCCCUUUACUCCACAGGCAAUGACUUGUUAGCUGAUUAGCACUUAGCAGCCAUCGGGCCACAGCUGAGCGUGAGUUCCUAGGCUUUGCCGCUCAGGGCUCUUUAACAUUCACAGGAGGUUCCCAGAAGUCUCAGCUUUUCUCAGUCUUCAGCAACUUGCCAGGCACGGCACCGGACGAUUUUACACAUUUAACCUCAUUUACUUCUCACAGCAAGUUUGUAAUUAUUAUUUAUUCCCAUUUUGUAAAUGAGGCUGCUAAAGCUCAGAGAGGUUAAGUAACUCACCCAAGGUCACACAGGUAAUAAUGAGAGCUGGGAUUUAAGGCCAUUGCAUCUGGGUCCAGGACCCUACAGGGUGUAGGGAGGAAGUGUCAUCCAUAGUCUGCCUCAAUCACUGUAGAGACAUCUACCUUCCUUCUCUGCCUUCUGAAAAGCCAGCUCUGUUCAGAAUCUCCUACAAAAGGGCAGCAGCAUCAACCCUCAUCUACAGCAAGGCAUUUUACAACAUUCUAGCAUUUUCUUUUGGGGUCUGUGUGAGAGACCGAAAGCUCAGUCUUGUGGGGAGCACUAAAAAAGGUUCUAAGCCCCAAGGAGGAUGAGUAAGGACGAUUCUAGCCCCCGGCACUGUGAGCUGGAGGGUUUUGAAAAGAUCAAAGGGGCAUCUCUGCAGUCAGUCCCCAGCCCCUCCAUCAGGUGCGCCUGCCGUGCAAGGGGUCCAAGGCCCACCAGGUGGCAGCAGAGAGCCAGUCAGCGCCGCGAGGUGUAACGUGGCGCAAGCUCUCACGCCGGAGCUGGGGCAGAGGUCGCAGCAGCACCUCCAAACUCUAGGCAGGUUUGGGGGGGGGGCCAAAGGGGUGAUGGGUGCGGCAGCCUCGUAGUGACAGCUCACACUGUUGUUGUAGACUUAGUCUGUGCCACAUACUGUGCCAAGCUUGCGGUUCGCAUUCUCUCCUCGAACUCUCACGACUAACCUAGGAAGUAAAUACUAUUAUUAGCCCUACUUUUUAGAUGCAUGCAAUGAGGCUCCAAGAGGUUUAUGAUUUGCCCAAGGUCACACAGAUUGAAGAGACGGAGUGCAGGCAGUUUGGACUCCAGAGCCGCUGCCUUCAGCCUCGGUGAGGUGUAGGGGGGCUGUGCUGCCAGGGAGAAAGUCACCAGGAAGUGUGGAGGGUGAGGGCAGGUAGGGCCUGGCCUGGGCUGGCCCUGGGGUGGCAUCUGAGGCCUAGGCUAGUCCAAGGACAGUGACUAGGAGCCCAGACAAAGGGAACUUCUGGGGACGCUCGAGGAAACAGAAUGUGGUAGGAUUUUCAGGCUGAGCUUCCCUGGGAACCCUUAUUUGAAGAAGCCACCCCAGCUCAUCCUGGGCACUUCACCCUGACAGGGCUGCGCACCUCUGAAGCUGCAAACCACUCAAAGACCUAAAGAGAUCCCCUUGUAAGAUCUGAUCAGGCCUCGCUUGCUGAGCUCCGAAAAGCAGAUGAGCUGGAGAAUAUGUCCCCAGACAGGUCAUGGUGUCCCCAGCAUGCUGGGACUGGUCCUGUAGCCCCUUCAGAGGAGACGGGGUGAUGCCAGCUAUCUUGAAGUCUCCACCCUGGAAUAAUGCCCACACACACUCAAGGCCCUUGAAUUAGCUCAUAUCACUAGGGGACUGAAGCAUGACCUGGGAGCUCCCCCUUGCCCUGAGUUGCAGGUCAGUAUCUCCCUCCUCUCUGGUCUUGCCACCAAUCAUCCAGGAGCUCAGGUUAGUUGUAGUGUCCAGUUUAGCUCAAACCUCAGCUUCUCAUCUCAGAACUGCAUCCUUCUUCCUGGACUAGCACCACCACUAGGCCUUUCUGGGAGCUACUGGAUAUACCCUGUGGUUAGCUGCUCUCCCCAAAUCUAUCAAUACCAAGGGCUUGUAUCCUUCCUGAUUUUUGUACAAAAUCUCCUGAAUCUGCCUCAGUUCUGGAAUCCAGACUAAGUCAUGUUCUAUUACUCUGCCUCAGGGCUUUUGCACUGGUUGUUCUGUCUGAAAUGCUCUUCCUCCAUCUCCAUAUGGCUGACUCCUUCUUGUCAUUUAGGUCUCAGUUUACAUUAUUCUUCCUUUUCAGAAAGGCUUCCCCUGUCUCGCCUAAUAAUGACCACCCCCCUCUCUGUGUGUUGUUUCUCCCUUGCCAUCUGCAGUGAUGGUUAUCCAGUAUCCAGGAGGUUGAUAAUGCCGUCACACCGGACAGUCCAAAAUGGGAACUGGACAGAGCGGGGCCCUCGGAUGCUAUGGGGAAGGGGACCUUAGUGGUCAUUCAGUCUGAGAACUCUCACAUCCCUCCAUUCGAGGGGGUGUUUUAUUUGUCCAUGAGGUUACAGAGAGCUGGUGAGCAAAGGUACCGUUCCAUCCUACUGAAAUCCUUUUGGACUAUACACAUUUGACUCUCAGGGUCUGUGAUGUCAGGUCAAAUCGGCCAUGGUUUCCAUUACACUCUAGGUAGGUCAUAUGUACCUUCAAAGAGGAAAUUUUGUCUGCCCCUUGCAGAUGCAUGAAACCCACUCUUCCCAGGGGACGGUUAUCCCAGAAGGCAUCACAAAGAAAUCAGGGGGCUCAGCUUAGGAAGUUUUAGGGAUCUUCUGUUUUCUCUUCUUGAUCAGGACGGGGAGGGACUACAUGCUCUCCAGGUCUGAGCCCAAAGGCUCUUCAACCCCCUGGGGGGGGGGGGGAGAUGAGGAGGGGGUAGAGGACCCAGUUACAUUUGAAUCUCAGAUAAACAACAAAAUAUUUGUUUAGUAAAAAUAUGUCCCAUGCAAUAAGUGGGGCAUGUUUAUACUAAAAAAUAUUGCAUGGGACACAGUUGUAGUAAAAGAUUAUUCCUUGUUCAUCUGAAAUUCAAAUGUAACUGGGUAUCCUGUAUUUGGUCUGGCAACCCUAAGGAGGAGAGACUAGCAUUUAAAAUAAAUGACUUCCCUAGGAUGAAAUCCUGGGAUUGGGGAAAACAGAGGCCACAGCGAGCCAUGACUUUUUGAGAGGAGGAAUGAAGUCAGUUUCUUUCAUGCCAAUUAAGCAAUCGCAGACGACCCCGUCAGAAAUCCAAACUCGUGACUAACAUGGGACUCGAGACCAGGGGGAAGAAAAGAUUAAGAGCCAGAGAAGCAAUCUUCACACACAGGGCCAGCCAGCAGACGGAGAGGAUCCCAUCCAGGAAGGUGUCCUGUGGCCUGACCCCACAAGAUGCCAAGAGAAGAAGCUUACUUCACCUAUGGUUACCCCAAGAUGGGGCACGGCCGCUCCCACAUCACAGCUGAAGAGGCUGCCGGGAUUGGCAUCCUGAUAGUGAUCCUGGGAAUUUUACUGCUCAUUGGCUGUUGGUAUUGUAGAAGACGAAGUGGAUACAAAAGCUUGAAGGACAAAAGCAUUUAUGUUAGUACUCAAAGUACCUUAACAGGAAGAUGUCCACGUGAGGGGCUUGGUCACCAGGACAGCAAACUGCCUUUUCAGGAGAACAGUUGUGACCCUGUGGUUCCCAAUGCUCCACCUGCCUACGAGAAACUUUCUGCAACGCAGUCACCACCACCUUAUUCGCCGUGAGAGCCAGCAAGGCCCCUGAGAGAUGCAGUAAUGAUUUCCCUCACACUUUUGCUUGAAUUUAAUACAGACAUCUAAUGUUCUGCUUUGGAAUGCUAUGGAAACAGUGUACAUCGUCUCUAACAAUAAGCUUAGUGUUAAAUUCUUUAGGGCAACUAGCAAUACUAAUUAAGUGAGGAAAUGACUAGAAGUAUUAAAAUGAGAAACACUUUGUUAAUAAAGGUUGUAAUGCCUGAUAUUAUCUGUGCCAGUAGCAAUGCUAAUAAAUCUAUGGUGUUAUUUUCCGAGGGACAGAAUUCAAGUGGGUGUUUGGGACCAACCACUUUCUUUUUUGUUGAAAUUUAGCUAGUAACUAUCAAAUUACUAUUAUGACUUUUGAAGAAGCAACCCCUUGACCAACAUGAACUCUAACAGAAUUGUUGCAGGUGAGUCUGUGCUAUGGACUGCUCACAAAGGAUAUCUUUAAAGGUUUAAGACCAAAUGUUGAUUGACCUACCAAAUAAUAGAUUCAUCUGAUGAGGAAAGCAUCAGUAUGUCUCUUUGUGUUCUAAAAUCCCAUGAUACUACAAUAAUAUACUGCAGAGAUCCUGUAUCUUUUUUUGCAGGGGAAGAUUUGCCCUAAGCUAACAUCUGUUGCCAGUCUUCCUCUUUUUUUCUUCCU